AUGGGAAGACCUCCGUGUUGCGAUAAAUCGAACGUGAAAAGAGGUCCGUGGACACCCGAAGAAGAUGCCAAGAUUCUCGCUUAUGUGGCGAGCCAUGGAAUAGGAAACUGGACAUUAGUUCCUCAAAAAGCAGGUCUUAACAGAUGUGGAAAGAGCUGUCGAUUGAGGUGGACUAAUUAUCUUCGGCCAGAUCUCAAGCACGACAAUUUUACGCCCGAGGAAGAAGAAUGCAUUCUCGAGCUGCACAAAACAAUCGGUAGCAGAUGGUCCCUAAUAGCCAAACGGCUGCCCGGGAGAACAGAUAACGACGUAAAAAACUACUGGAACACUAAGCUAAAGAAAAAGCUUACUAAAAUGGGAAUUGAUCCAGUGACUCACAAGCCAUUUUCUCAGCUUUUCACCGAAUAUGGAAAAAUAAGCGGCUUGACAAGAAACUCAAACCCGUUUUUCCAAAAUCGUGACAUUUUGCCGAAAACAGAGGAAUAUUCCCCCAGCCAUCAUGAAAUUGUUCAGCCACAUCUUUUCAGUGAUGAGGCCUUUCUAUCUCCAAAUGGAGUCACGCGUUUUGCCAAUGGCCCACUCGGCACGUGUGGGCCCAGCCAGGCCCAAAUCAUGCCUUCUUCAUCUUCUUAUUCUUCUUCUUCAUUUGUUUGUAACGAAUAUGGUUCGGGAGAUCAAAUGCUACUGUUGGAGAAUAAUGGUCAAGAAGAGGGACUUACUGAUAAUUUUAAGGAGGAUAUAAUAUCAUAUGAUCAUCAUCAGUCCAUGGAAAAAAAAUUAUCACGUGACGAAAAUUUUAACGGGGUUAAUUUAGGAACAAAAAUCUCGUCUUGUGACGAUUCGUUUGUCGAGACUAUUCUGGCGCAUGAUCUGGAAAUGAGGCUUCAGUUUAGCGACAUUUUGGAUGGGAAUUAUGAUUACUGA